AGAUACACUGGAAAAACAUAUUGGUCAACCCCCUGGGACUCGUGUCCGAAAGUAAAAAUUUAUCGAUUUAAAUUUACCUCAAAUUAACUGGAACACUCAUUGCGUUAAUGAUAGUGAAAACUCUUUUUCAAGCAUAUUUUAGAUCUGUAAAGGUACUUUCUAUUGAAACAGAUCAUCGAUGCUCCAACGAGGGAAAGAGAUUAAUGAAAUCUCUUGAAUAUGUCAGUUGACUUGAGUGAAUUGAAGAGAAGUGACUUCCCAUCAUGUGUACGACAAGGUCUGCGCAAGCUGGAGGAGGUGCUCCACAUGCCUCCUUCUCCCCAUCUGCAUGACAUCCAGCAGCACAUCAUGGAUCAGUUUAUAUUUUGCUGUAGAGACUCCAAUUCUUCCAAGAUUAGGGCAGUAGGACCUGUUGAGGAAUUGGUGGUAGUGAGAGAACUUGGACAGCACCUAGGAAAGAUUGUGGACACCGCUUCUCGCAAUUCUCUGUUUAUCACUUUAUUCCAUCCAUCAUCACAUGAUCCCCGUACGCCACAUAAACUCCGCAUAUUAUCAGCUUUGGUGUCUCUGGCCAUUGCUACACAUAAUGUUUCUGUGUUGGAGGCCACAGCAGUAUGGAUGCAGCAAAUGUGCUGCCUAAGUGGGUGGAGUGGAGAAGUGUGCCGAGGCUUGGUGCAGGAUUACUUCCAGCUGACCCCAUCUUCCCCACCACAUUUUGCAGCAGCCCUGAGAGCCCUGCCUACCAUGGCUCCUCUCUUCACUGCAAAUCUAAUUACAACACUCUCACAGCUGUAUGCCAAAGUUGGUAGUGGAGAGAUAUGUGAACGCCCACCAGACACUCUUGUAAGCACUGUUGUAUGGUGGUUGAAAGGGGCCCCUGGUUUACCUCCCCAUCUUGCCCUGGCACCACUCACAAACCCUUUGCCAGGUGUAUCUCUUCCAAUGACAGCUGUGCCUCCUAUUGCACCUCUUAUGAAAUGGUGUGUAGAAGCCCCUUUCUUUGAUAAUAAUGAUAAUUACCCAGACCCACAUGGAAGAAGAUCCAGUUUGCCAAAAAUUAUGGAAACAGAAGGAUUAUUUGAGAAUACUACUUCAGUGAAGUCUGCACCAUCAGAAAGUACUGAUUUGUAUUCCCAGCUUCAUCUCUCCAUUCUUCAGACUCUACAGAAUGUACCCUUUGUCCGUGCUCGCAUGACACAGAAGCAAGUAUUGUGCCCAAAACACGUGACUAGUGUAGUUGACGCUGUGUGCGAGAGAAUCAGAACAUAUGGAUUGGAAAAUGAAGAAGCUGUAAAUAUGUCUCUUGACAGAUUGGCACAGAUUAUCUUAGUUGCAUUACACACAGAAUCUCUUUCUGGAUCCCUCAGUGAUAUGUGGGACUCGUUGCACAGGCUACCAAGACAGAACCGUCUUAUUUCUACUCUUUUGGCUACUCGUGAAACCCGGUGACUACAAGAAUUGUAAUGACUAUUAAUCAAGUUGUUGCUUAGUCAGUGGAAAGUCCAUUGUUGAUGAGACCUUCAAAUCCUCUUUGAUAUUUUUUAGAGGACAAAAAAUUGGAUUUAUUUAACAGUUCAAAUUGCAAGUGUACACAUAAAUGAUCAAAGUAAGUCAAAUUGGUAAAUGCAACUUUUGUAAUUAGCUUUACUUAAGAGCUUAAGGUUUUAUAAUAAAACUUGUCUUGUUUUAUUUUGUAACAGCAUUAUAAGUUCAAGAGUAUAGUGCAUAUUGUGCUUAUAAUUUUAAUUCUUCAAAGGGUGUGUUUUAAAGUAAUUUUUUUGUGGGGGGAAAAUGGACAACAGUGCAGAGAAGAGGCAUUACCAAUAAAAAACUUAUCACAUGAUUGUUUUGAAUCUUUAUUUAAAUAUACUUACCAGGCGGUGCAGAUUA